AUGGAGACACCGGCAUCAGAGAGUGAAAAGCUACUCAUGAGCAGAGAUGAUUGGUCUGAUAGUGAACCAGCAUAUUCGAUGCUGGACGAUGGCCCAUCUAUAAAGAGCAACAACACCUCCCUUCUUUCAACCGUCAGUCAUUAUCUGCUGAGCAUCUUUGUUUGGACACCAGCGAAGCUCCUCAUUUAUUACUUUCCCCCGCUAGAACGCUUCUUACCAUCCCCAGCUGUCCCUCAAGAGUACCGACUGCAGAUGAAAUUCCUCGCAUCCCUUUUGCUGCUUCUGGCAGGUGCCGAUGCAAUCAAUGCUCAUCCAGCAGCCGCGGAGGAAUUCACGCGUGAGCUAGAGGUAGCUAGUCCUAACCCAUCGGGGCUUGCUCUGAAAACCCUCCAACAAAGAGCACCUAACUGCAGACGCCUGGAUUCUUUCAUCUCCAGGAUCACUUCAGUUCAAGCCAAGCUCGCCUUUGUUGCCUUCGGCCCCGAAGCUGCUAAAUACAUUUGCCGCGCCAUAACACAUGGCAGCCCUACGUGCGAUGACUGGGCUCUGGGGAUCAAAUUCGCCUUGACACUUAUCUUCUCGAUCUUGCAUCAAGAUGGUGCAGAGCCAGCAGUUCGUCCUGGUGAGCCAGUUCGCAGAAUAAAUGCAAGAACCUACCUGGACAUUGCCACUACUGCUCUGAAAGAAAGCAACUUGCAAUUCGCCAGUAUCGAAGUGGACAACAACCUGCCUAGCGUCGAGAAGCGGUCGUCAGAAGAACCCUAUCUCGUCGAGAGAUUUCUUAUCCGCAACCUGUAUCAUGCGGAUCUAGGCGAUGAUACGACUGAUAUUUGGGUCAACCACUACAGUAACGGCGACAAUACCCUACAAAUUGCCCCCGGUGAUGGUCAAGAGAACGGCAGCUCUACUCUAACUAGACGCUGGGACAAGCCUGGCUUCAAAAUUGCUUACACCACGAGAAACAAAGCACCACUCAAUGAGCAGGAUGCCCUGAAGAUGGCCCAGCACAUUAGUCUGAAGUGGCAGACCAUGGCUCUUGGAAAUGACAUCUCGGAUUUCAUAGGAUUUGUGGAAACAGGUCACACGGCCAAUUUCUAUUUUCGCAUCAUUCCGGAGCACAAGGGGUACGGCUUGAACUACGAGAGUGUGGAUAUCUGUGGUGGGAUGGCAGGGAUGUUAUAA